AUGGGCAGCAACACCACUUCAGUCCAGGGCAGUGUCGAACGGGCACUGGCCGGGGCCGCCGUGGAUCGUAGUGGAGACUGCUGGGGGCAGGGCGCUGCACCGCGGCCACGCUCCAGUUGUCCAGCGAGCGUCCAGUCGUCCCAAUUCGCUUCCAGCCCAGGCAAUCAACCGCUCCGCUCGCCUUUGCCUUCCAACAAUUCUGCCAAGCCUUUUUCGCCUUUCCCAUCCCAUUUCUGUCCUCCUCCUUCCCCAUUCCCAUUCUUUGCUCCUCCUCCCAUUUCUGUUGUCCACAUUGCCCGCGAAACCCAGCCCGACGACCACAUUCCUCUCCCACACACCAUUCCCCGUCCUCCACCACGGUCGCUUCUUCAUCUCCGAACCCGACUCUUCACCGACCAUCGUACCGACCAUCGUACCGCCUUCGCUCUCGACAUUCGCUCGACUCCUUUCCCUCGACGACAUCCGAACUUUCACGCUUCGCCUCGCCAUUUCCCCCUCCUGCGACGACUGCGAUACGAGCGAUGCUUUUCUUCCAAACCACUCUUUUCACAACCACCGGCUCGACAGCUCCACGAAAGAAAAGUCACACGCUUCCGAAUGGCUACGACUGAGGCUGUGCUGCCACCCCACGAUCGUCCCGAUCGUGCGGGUCGCCGCCGUCCCUUUUCCACCUGGGUCAAGAAACUCACCAACUUCAAGAGCUCUUCGUCCAGCGAUGGCGGUGGCGCUCGUCUACCCAGUUCCAAGCGCCAACACGCAAAGUUCCGCCGCGCUUCCAAGAACAACAACCCAUACCCCCAGUCAGGCCGUGUAGCCUCGGCCAGCCAUGCCGAUGUCGAUGUCGAGACCAGCUCCUACUCCUUUUCCACAGCCCUCAGCGGCAGCGCAACGUCAGUCGAGCGAGGGUCGCGCGUAUCAUCCGAUGACAGCGCCGCCCCGCCUACUGCUGGCGGCCGAUCCAUGGCCCCCACGAUUUCGACAGACUACGAUGGCGCGCAUUCUGUCGUCGCCCCAUCUCACCACGCCCCCUCGGUUGCGGGAACAAGUCGGACGGUUGGGGGCGUAGAGUCACGCAGGGGAGGCGACAGCACCUUCUCAUCACCGGCUCCGUCAGUGCGAUCCCUGACGACCACUCUCACCACCAUACAGUCCAUGCCAGCAAACGGCGGCACCCACGUGCCUACAAACCCGACCACCAACACCAACCACACCUCUCACCAGGGCCAUACCCAUUCGAUACACUUCAACCAGCCCUUCCCGACUGCAUCGCCCGCUUCCGCCAUUCCAGCCCACUUGGCCCCAUCAAACCAGGGUCCGGGCCACCCAGCGACGUACACCACAGCCACGGCCAACAACCUCCUUACCGAUAAUGCAUCCAUCAUCACCUUGGCCUCGUCGUCGAAGCGCCGUCGCCGUCGUUCGCUCGAUACCGAUGCCUCCGUCCGCGCUCUGGCGCCUUCAUCGUUGUGGGGAGGCAGCCGCGAAAGCUUGCCUUUGAGCGUCCUCAGCGCCAACAUCGGGGAGGGCGCGGGCAUGCCGACCACCCCAGGCCUCUACCAGAGCAGCUCACGAAUCGCCAAUGCUGAGCGCACCAGCAUCUACUCGGCCACAGGCAUCGCCCCCGCCUUGCCCGGCGAGCGCAACAGUUUUUACGCGAAGCAGAGCGGCGCCGGCGACGGAGCGAGCGUGCGGAGCGGCCUUAUAGGCCACGGCAGGUCGGACAGCAUCAGCGGGAGCAUCGGCGGCGUAGCCAGCCCCUUGACGAGCCCGCGGGAAGCCUCUGAGAUCGGCGACACGGACGACAGAGAAGAGGGAACGAGCCGGGCGAAGGAAGGCGAGGAUCGAUGA